AUGGCAGAACCUUCACAUCAAGCUCGCGAGCGACAUCUCGUACACAGUCAUGCUCACGAAGAAGAACUGCCUGGCACUGUCAAUCUGCAAGCUCUCGAGGGCGACGACACGGCAUAUGGACAGGCUCUUUACCCAGUGCCUAGCGAAGACCCCAAUGAUCCGCUACAAUGGUCGAAAUUCAAGAAGACCAUGAUUCUAAUCAUUGUCUCCCUCUACUCUUUCCUCGGCAACAGCGCUCUGGUGGGGCCUUCUGUUUAUUUAGAGAUUUACAGUGAAGAGUUUGGUAUCUCUAUUACCGAGGCUUCGGGUCUUGUCUCUUAUCCCAAUCUCGUGUUUGGAUUCGGAUCUCUGUUGCUCGUUCCUGCUUAUCUCAAGUUUGGCCGUCGACCUGUGAUGUUAUUCUCGCUGCUCAUGUUCGUAUUGGGCCUUCUCGGAGCGUCGCAAGCUACUUCGUAUGGAGGUCUCAUGGCUGCUCGAAUUAUCCACGCUUUUGGCUCUGGCGUUUGCGAAGCCCUGCCUGUGCAACUCGUCAAUGAUAUUUUCUUCCUUCAUGAACGAGGCAAGAGAUUGGGAUACUAUACUGUAUGUCUGUGCUGGGGCUCGACUGGUCCUUUAUAUGCAGGUUACAUGCUUGCAGCGGGAUACUCCUGGAGACUCUACUUCUACGUUGAAUUUGCCUUCGCAUGCGCAUUGCUCAUUAUGGCAUUCAUCUUUGUCGAGGAAACAGCCUACAAACGCGUCAUUGUAGCUACACCAACACCAGACUCGGAUAAUGAAAAAGGACACAGCCAACAUGUCGAAGUCAUCACAAUGGUGCCACUAAGAAGAUCUUUCCUACAAACAUUGAAGCCGUGGAGCGGUAUAGACCACGAAGCCGAAUUCUUCAUGACUAUGCUCCGCAGCUUUAGCUACUUCCUCGUCCCCAGUGUCUUAUGGGUCGUGACGAGUUUCGGUAUUUACAUCGGCCUAGGCGCGCUAGCCUUCAACUACACCUUCCCCAUCAAAAUCGUCGCACCACCCUACAACUGGAACCCCAACAACAGCGGCUUAAUCGCUCUAGCCAAUAUAAUAGGCUACGCCCUCGCCGUCCCCUUCGCCUCCUCCUCGGACCGCAUAGCAGCCUACCUAACCCGUCGCAACUCCUCGAUCCGAGAAGCAGAAAUGCGCCUCUGGGUUCUCCUCCCCGUCUGUCUUAUCGCCCCAGCCGGUCUAAUCCUCUACGGCUUCACGGCAGAAAAAAACCUCCACUGGAUAGGUUAUUUUGCAGGUGUAGCCAUGACGGAUUUUGUAUCGUAUUUUUACUUCUCAUUUGUGCUUGCUUAUGCGGUGGAUAGUAUGACGGCUAACACAGCGGAAAUGCUGAUUGCGAUGAAUUUGGGUAAACAGGCAAUCAGUUUUGGGAUGGGGAUUUAUCUGUUAGAUUGGAUUUUGGAACAUGGGUAUGCGAAGAUUAUAGGGGGUGCUUUUUGCGCGGUUUUGGCGGUCAACAAUCUGGCUGUGUUGGUCUUUUUGCCGUGGGGUAAGAAUAUCAGGAGAGGAUUGUAUAACAGCUGGUUAGGGAGAUUGCAUAAGAAGACGAGUAAGGCGAUUGAGGUUGCUUGA